AUGUGGACGCGUGACGCGCGGGAAUUGGAUGAGUUGGAGGCUUUGUUGAAGUCGGGUCAACGCAUUCGUACGCUGUUUUGCGAGGUUCCGUGUAAUCCGCUGCUGGAGUCAUCCGAUUUGUUACGAGUUAGAGCUUUGGCGGAUGGGUAUGGGUUUGUCGUGGCUUGCGAUGAGACCCUGGGGACGUUUGUGAAUAUCGAUUUGCUUCCGUACGCCGAUUUUCUCAUGAUGAGUUUGACCAAGUUCUUCAGCGGCGCGUCCAACAUCAGCGUAGUCGUCGACCCCCAAUCCCAACAUUACGGUACAAUCCACUCCGCCCUGACCUCCAGCUUCGAAGACGAAUACUUCCCUCUCGACGCUGUCACCAUCAACACCAUUGUCCUCUCCAUGGCCAACCUCCUCUCCUCCCACCCCUCCAUCCACCACGUCCACUACCCAACAAUGGUAACCUCGGCACCGCUCUAUGAAAAAUACCACCGCCGCAACGGUGGGCACGGAUUCCUGCUAAGCAUGAUCUUCAACCACGCGACGAAUGCGGUGUGUUUCUACGACGCGCUAGACUGCAAGGGACCGAGUGUGGGGACAAACUUUACGCUGGCGAUCCCAUAUGCGCAGCUGGUGCAUUUUCAAGAGUUGGAAUUUGCGGCGGCGUAUGGGGUCGAUCGGUAUAUUGUGCAAAUUAGCAUUGGGUUGGAAAAUGGGGAGGUGGUGAUGGAACAGGUUCCGUGCGGUAAUUAA